CUCCCGCCGCCACACUUUCCCUCUCCACCGCCGCUCCGCCCGCUCCGCGUCUGUCCCGGGUGCGCCCUCCGCCCGCGCCAUGGACCCCAAGGUCAUCGCCGUACUGGCCCUGGUGCUAGCCGCGCUCUGCCUCAGCGAUGGGAAACCUGUCAGCCUGAGUUACCGAUGCCCGUGCCGAUUCUUCGAGAGCCAUGUUGCCAGAGCAAAUGUCAAGCAUCUCAAAAUCCUCAACACUCCAAACUGCGCCCUUCAGAUUGUGGCAAGGCUGAAGAGCAACAACCGACAGGUGUGCAUUGACCCCAAGUUAAAGUGGAUUCAAGAAUACCUGGAGAAAGCUUUAAACAAGGGGCGCAGAGAAGAAAAAGUGGGGAAAAAAGAAAAGAUAGGAAAAAAGAAGCGACAGAAGAAGAGAAAGGCUGCCCAGAAAAGGAAAAACUAGUUAUCUACCACCUGGAGACAGACUGGACCACAGUGCCCCAAGCUCACGCUUUGUAAAUUUGCUCUGUGCCCCUCCCUCCAGGGCAGACCCGCCACCCCGGGUGAGUGGGCAGACUUCCCUGGGCUGGCAGCACUUUCCCCACCCUGGUGGCCACACUGCCUCCUCUAUUUAUGUGUGUUUCAAGGCCUCUUUUCUUGGUCUGCUAAGUUAUGAAGAAAGGUGCUCAGAGACUGGGGCAGACGCUGGGAUGGGAGCCUGUGUGCAUUCAGGACCUUCCCGGCAUGGCUGAUAGUCUCCAGCAUCAUCCUGAGCUCAGCCUUCCAAUCAGAAGCUUCCAUAGCUCCCAGAGAAGGAAGCCUGCACUCCAGGGCCUGGUCUGGUCACCAGCCUGACCAGAGGUGCCUUUCCUGGGAAGGCCUUGUGUCUUCUGCCCCCCUUUCCCAUACUUGCCUGUCCUCAUAGGGCAGGUGACUGACUGACUUGCUCUUAGGUCCGGUUCUGUUCUCCCCCAGUACCUGUUGCCUGGCCUUCCACCAUUCUGUUAUCUGGUUAUCUGUCUCCUGCUGCCCCUCAAAGCUACUCACAUAGCCUGGGUGAGGCAUGUGCAAAUGUGUGGACCAAGAAGGAGCAAAGGAUACAACGGCCAGCGAACAGAUGGGAGGUGUUUCUUAAGGAGUCUGCUCUUUGGGCAGUCUUCCCAUGGGGCCUCCCCGGUGGAGGACAGAUGUGCAUAUCUGUGAGGAGCCCACAGCUGUAGGCUUUCCCCUUUCCCCUUCCACCAGGAAGAUCUCUGCCAUGACCGUUGGGGUCAGGGCCCAGGGGGCCUUCUCUCCUCACCUAAGGGAACACCUGCCUUCUAUGAGUAGCAUUGAAGUUCUAGAACUUUCCUCCAAGCUGCUCCCUGACCCCUGCCCAUUUGUCUGAGGAUUACUCUACUUUAGUGCUUAGGACUGGAAGGACGUGGAAGGACCCUUGGCCUUCUUGGCCUUACCCAUCUCACAUAAGCACCCCCCACCCCACCCUGUACCCCCAAGCUCUGUCGGUAAUUUCAAUAAAUGGAUGCAGAAAGAAGAGGUGGUUGGAGGAGAAGGAAACCCACCAAAGACCCUACACUUCCGAUCCUCUUGGAUCCCUUGUGCCUUAAUAAGCUCUCUUAUGAUUCCAGCGAUAAAUAAGUUACAAGCACCUCUGCUCCACCUCGAAGCAUUUACUCAGGGAAGGUCCUGCGUGGCCAUCAACCGCCCGUUUUUAUCUGGCAGCUUCCCCAGCCCUCACUGCUUCCAUCAGGUCUGGGGACAGCAGGCCUGAGCCUCUGGGUAAGCAAAGAUGCCUCCUUCUUCCUCUCUCUUCACUUGUUCAGGCAUCCCCCUGGCUGUCAGCUGAGCUCUCCAGGGCUGCAGCCCUAUCCUGGGAAUGCCAGCUAUGGUUUGGCCUUGGGGGCCUGGUUUAGGGUCAUCCUGAAAGGUCAACUCAUGCCCAGGCAACAGGGAAGUUUGUCUAGAGAGGGAUAUCUGGUCUCUCCUAGAACAACAGCAGGGAGAGAUGUUCCCAUUCUAGCAACCAAGGGUCAGUGUGUGGCCACCCUGAGGUAGCAAACCUCAUUGGACAGUGCCCAGGGGACCUCCUCCUGUCCCUGUCUCACUCCUGGCGUGGGCAGGCUGCAGGGGCUAGGACAGCGGACCACUCUCAGGGAAUAAAAGCCAGUACCACUCUCUUGUGUUUCUGUGUCUCCCUGGAGCAUCUGUCUGUUUCAUGAGAGUCUUGUGAAAGUCUUACAAGGGUGAGCCCCAGCCUGCAGAAGACAAGUCUCCAUGCAAGAGCGGAAGAGCCCUCCUGCCUGCACCCCAUGGUGGGCUGAACCUAGCAAGUGCUUGACCAAGUUGGCAGCCAAGUGAAAGGUGAGGGCUGCCCUGUGCUGCCCAGCAAGGUGCCUGCCUCCUGGGAGCAUCAGUUGCCCCUGCACUGUCCCUGGGGCCACUCUGGCUACCCCAGGAGACCUGGUGCGGGGCCAGCUGAGAAAUCCUGAAGAAGAAUGUGGGUGGUUGGGGGACAACAAGAGAAGUGCCACUUCUCAGGGAGUGCCAAGGCCUGAGGCUGCCCAGGGGGCACAGUGCCAUUGAUGGGAUGUGGCCAUAGCCCUGGCCCUCUUACCCUCGGCAGGGCAGGGAGGGCCCACAAUGACCUCAGUGUCCUUAUGGUUCAGGCAGGGUGCCCUUCGUGUGCAACUUGUGCCAUGUUUUCGUGUUCCAUUGUGCGUCGCCAUGCCCCGCUUGCUGUAUCCAUCUGCCUGUCUGCUGCUUCAGCCUUCAUCAGAUCUCUCCACUCCAGCCCUGGCUCUGGCUCCUCGGUCUCCUGGUCUCUCAGACCUAGAAGGAAGACAUUCAUUCGCCUGGGAGCUGGAAGGAAGGCAGCCACGUCCAGGAGCAGGGCUCAGCACGCCAGGCAGAUGGUGAGAACCUGGCCUUAAUGGUGUCUUCUCUGUUCUU